AGCUGCACUUGCACUUUACUAACACAUGCAGUCAUUUUCAGUCCUCUCUAAAACCCCAGCAAGUAGUCGUCUCGCACUUUUGACCAACUCGUUUCUGCCGUAUCCCAGGUCAACUCCGAACCAGAUGGCAAGAAUGCCGACAUCCUCGUUUCCACCACAAGAGCUCCGCGAAAUUGUCAAGGAAGUAGCAACUCUGCUGAAAGACCGCAAAGAGACAAUCUCUGUAGCUGAGACAGCAGCAGGUGGCCUCAUCUCCUCGUCCCUCCUCACCUUCCCCGGCGCCAGCACCUUCUAUCGCGGUGGCCUAACGCUCUACACGCUCGAAAGCCGCAAAGCUUUCGUCGGCUGGACCGACGCAGAUACUCAGAACUACAAAGGGCCGACCCCCGAAAUCGUCACCAAGCUGGCAGAUAACACCCGUAAAGCGCUCGGCAGCACGUACACGGUCAGUGAAUCUGGGACUGCGGGUCCCACUGGCGGUAACACGAGGAAUCGCACUCCUGGAUAUGUUGCGCUGGCUGUGAGUAGUGAGAAGGGGACGGUUACUCGGGAGGUCGAGACGGGGAGUAAAGAGAGGGAGAGCAAUAUGGUCAGGUUUGCGGUUGAGGGGUUGAUGCUUGUGAGGGAUGCUAUCAAGGGCGAGAGUGGGGAUAAAAGUAAGAAGAAUGGGGGUGCUGAUGUGCAGGAGGAAGGUGUGCAGCUUGUACCUGGCGAUAAGAAGACGGACGAGGCUGCUAUUGGUGCUUUUGCGAGCUGAAAGAUGAGGUUGUGAGCAAGGCAAGAGAGUUCUCACAAUUAAGCUGAUUGGCACUAUGAUUCAGCUUUGCUUAAAACACUAUCUUAGGCAUUCAGGAUUACCGAUCCAAUUCACGUUCGACUGUUUCCCGCUCUUCGUCACUCACAAGCUCGCACGCUUGGCUCCCAACCCCUGCAAUACAGCAACGACCGCCAACGUAGUCGCCGUCGGUUUAUCACCGCUCUGGAAAUAGCUUCCCGCAGCACUAGCCAGGAUCGCUACAAGCAAACCCGCAACGCUCUUGUCGUAAACAUCAAGCAGUCCUGUCUGCGCCCACUUGUAGUUCAAGAUCGCCAUUAUGAGAAAGAAUCCACUGCCUUCGUACCAAC